AUGAAAAGAAAUUUUGACUCAUUAUUUACAAAACCGAAAACAGAAUAUAGUCUUUAUGACGUAAUUACCGAAUUAAUGAAAAAGAUUAAUGAUAAUAAGAGUUCUGGCGGAAGAGUUGAAUUAGAAGUGAAUGAUGUUAAUGAGAAAUUAGCCGAAAAAGCAGAUAAAAACCACGUUCAUUAUAUAACUUCAGACGAACAGAUUAUAACGGACUACCAUGGAUAUUUAACACGAAGUGAUGAAGCGAAGACAAAAAAUGUUAAUGAAAGAAGAUAUAAAUACAUUCGUGCUAAAGGUUAUGACAUAAGCUGUACUGUACAGUAUGAUGUAGCUAAAGCACCAGAAGCAUUUGGUUAUACCGGUGAAAUUUAUGCCUCUACUUUCAAUGUUAACGGUGUAUUAGUUGAACCAAGAUUUAUGUUAAGAGUUAAGGCAAAAAUAACGUUUGAAGAUGCUAUUAAAAGUAAAGCUGACAAAGUUGAACUUGACGCAACGAACAAAGUUUUGAAAUCUCAUAAACACAACAUCUCCGAUAUAAAUGAACUUCAAACUUCUUUAGACAGUAAAGCAGACAAGAACCAUACACAUAAAUCCUUCUCAACUGUUAGAGCAGACGACAUAAUAUUGAACUAUACCCUUGGUUCAAGUGCACCUUUAGAGAAUCCAAGUACAAGCGUAAAAGAUACACUAAACUCCUUAAAUAACAAAUGUAUGAAUAUCGAAGGUCGUGUCAGAAACUUUGAAGCACAUGAACUACCAGCAAUGUUAGAUAAGAAAGCAGACAAGAACCAUACACAUAAAUCCUUCACAACUGUUGCUAUAGAAAGUAUUGAAGGAACGGUUGAAGAAACUGGUGGGGAUGCAUUAUAUUGUAAACCUCCUAACUUUCCACAAGGUUUAACAUCGGAUGACGACAUAACGACGAUGAAAAACAUUAGAUGUAAAGAUGUUUAUGUCAUGAAGGAUGAACAUAAUAUUAAAUUCACUGCUCAAGAUUUAUAUGACAAGAAAGCAGACAAAACAGAGCUUCAAACAUUAAAGACAGAAAUACUUCAAACAUUAUAUCCUAUAGGCUCUAUUUAUACGUCAAUGAACUCAACAAAUCCAGCAACAGUUUUAGGUUUUGGUACAUGGCAGCAGAUUGUAGACAAAUUCUUAUACUGUGCUAACUCUUCAAAGCAAACAGGAG